AUGAUGCCUUGGACAUCUCCCCAAGUGUUGCGCUCUCAUGCUAUAAACAGCAAAUUUAAGAUUCUGAGAUCUUUCCGUUGCUUCAAGAUAUUGAAAACGAAGACGUUGUUGAACAGCGGCAGAAAAUUCGGGAUGAGAGUUGGAGAAGAACAGCAUAGAAAGAAUCAUGUUAAGUUAACGUGA